AUGCUCAUAUCUCUCAGACCCAAAUCCCUCACCGCCCUCCCACCUUUCUCCUCUGCUUCACCUCUCAAAUGGGUCUCCACAACCCCCACCCAAAAGCAAAACCCACCCCACCAUCUCGGACUCUUCUUCGAACCCAGAACCCACCAAUCCCACAUCGACUACGAGCGCCAUAUAGUCUCCAUUCUAAAAUCCUGCGCUUCCCUUUCGGCCCUCGUCCUGGGCCAGCAACUCCACUCCCUUGUCCUCAAGUCCGGCCUCCUCUCCAACACCUUCAUCCACAACAGCUUGACCAGCAUGUACUCCAAAUGCGGCUCCAUUUCCGGAGCCGAAGCCCUCUUCAGGUCCUGCUCUGAGCUGGACCCGGUUUCCUGUAACAUUAUGCUUGCUGGGUAUGUGAAAUCUGGCGACUUGGACAAUGCGCGCCAGCUGUUUGAUAAAAUGCCUCACAGAGGCUGCGUCUCGUAUACUACUAUGAUUAUGGGUCUUUCGAGAAAUGGGAGCUGGAGGGAGGCUGUGGAGGUGUUUAGGGAUAUGAGGAACGCGGGUGUGGUGCCGAAUGAGCUGACAAUGGGGGCUGUGGUAUCGAUGUUCUCGCAGUUGGGUGGGAUUUGGAAUUGUCGGAUGCUUCAUGGUUUGGUGGUUAAGUUGCAGCUUGAUGGGAUGGUGCUUGUUUCGACGAAUUUGGUGAAGGCGUAUUGUGCUUGUAAGAGUGUGGGGGAAGCGAGAAGGUUGUUUGAUGAGAUGCCCGAGAGGAAUGUUGUUACGUGGAAUGUCAUGUUGAAUGGGUACUGCAAGGCUGGGCUUGUGCAUCUGGCUAGAGAGGUCUUUGAGAGGAUUGAUGUGAAAGAUGUGGUUUCGUGGGGUACAAUGAUUGAUGGGUAUGUGCAAGUGGAGUGGUUGAGUGAAGCUUUGAUGAUGUGUUGCUCAAUGCUGCGUGCUGGGUUGGGUCCGAAUGAUGUUAUGCUUGUUGAUUUGAUUUCAGCAUGUGGGCGGUUGGAGGCAAUUUGUGAGGGUUUGCAGUUUCAUGGGAGAAUUAUCAAGGGGGGUUUUGACUGUUAUGAUUUCAUACAGGCAACUAUCAUAAAUUUUUAUGCAGGUUGUGGGGAAAUGAUCCCUGCUCGUCUUCAGUUUGAAAAGAGCAUCAAGGAGCAUGUAGCAUCUUGGAAUGCUCUCCUUGCAGGAUACAUAAGAAAUCAAAUGAUUGACCAAGCAAGUGAAUUGUUUGAUGAGAUGCCUGAAAGGGAUGUCUUUUCAUGGAGUUGCAUGAUUUCUGGUUACACACAGACUGAGAAAUCUGAAUUGGCUUUGGAACUUUUCCAACGAAUGGUAUCUAGUGGGAUACAGCCAAAUGAGAUUACAAUGGUUAGUGUUUUAUCUGCAAUCGCUACUUUAGGCAGAUGGAAAGAAGGAAUAUGGGCUCACGAAUACAUAUGUGAAAAUUCCAUUCCUCUGAAUGACAAUUUAAGUGCAGCUAUCAUUGAUAUGUAUGCCAAAUGUGGGAGUAUCAAUACUGCCUUAGAGGUGUUCUAUCAAAUCCAAGACAAAACCUCUUCUGUCUCACCAUGGAAUGCCAUUAUAUGUGGGUUGGCCAUGCACGGACAUGCACCAAUGUCUCUUGAAAUAUUUUCGCACUUGCAAAGGCGUGAUAUCAAACUCAAUUCAAUAACAUUCAUUGGAGUCCUAGGUGCUUGUUGCCAUGCUGGUUUGGUGGAGGUCGGGGAGAUGUAUUUUAAGAGCAUGGAAACUGUAUAUCACAUUCAACCAAACAUCAAGCACUAUGGUUGUAUGGUGGAUCUACUGGGUAGAGCUGGCAGAGUAGUAGAUGCUGAGAAAUUGAUAAGAAGCAUGCCCAUGAAGGCUGAUGUUGUGAUAUGGGGCACAUUAUUGGCCGCAUGUACAACACAUGGGAAUCUAGAAAUAGGACGAAUGGCUGAAAAGAAUCUGAAACUGUUGGAUCCAUCUCAUGGGGCAAGUACAGUUCUCAUGUCCAACCUACUUGCAGAUGCAGGGAUGUGGGAGAAAUCCUCUUUGGAAAGGCAAGUAAUUCAGAGCCUAAAACUAACAAGAUCACCAGGGCGCAGUGAUGUUGUUUGGUAAGGGUGACUCAAAAUCAACUGGGUUUCUCUGAAUCCUCGUAGGAGAUAUACUUAAGCUGGCAAGGGAAAUCAACUUUGUUGGAUGGAAGGAACCGAAUUUUUCAUCCUGUUAGAUUACCUUCAAAGUUUAAGACAAAAUAAAUUCCAAUUAGGUGAUCGAUUUAGCAACUCUUCCCCACAUUUUGAGGAAGAGUAGUCCGGGAA